AUGGCCGCCGUCCAGCAGAAAGUCCAAGAUGUGGUCAAGCAUUAUCGACCAGCAAGACAAUUUCCUGGCUCCACGCGAUCUGAUGGAGUCGACAGUCGCGUCACAUCCCUAGACUUCGAUGACAUGGGCGAAUUCCUCGUCGCAGCUUCAGAUGACGAAACUAUGCAGGUUUAUGAUAUCAAAGAGGGAAAGAGAACGAAAGUUAUACCUAGCAAGAAGUAUGGCAUACACCUGGCUCGCUUCACACAUCAUCCGCGCAAUGUGCUCUUUGCCAGUACGAAACAAGAAGACUCCCUUCGCUUGCUGGAACUGCACAACGAAAGCUUCGUCCGGUAUUUUACAGCUCAUACCGCCCAAGUUACCUGCAUAGCAUUGUCACCUGGAAGUGAUCAAUUCUUGUCAUGCGGAAACGAUGAUAUGGUCUGCCUGUGGGACUUGAAUUCCAGAAGUCCUCAGGGCAAGUUGAAACUGGUGACACCUUAUCUGGCUGCCUACGAUCCUUCGGCAAAUGUUAUGGCUAUAGCGUCACAAUCGACUUCCUCCAUCCUUAUGUAUGAUGUCAGGAAUUUCGACAAGGCGCCGUUCGAGACGUUCGACAUGUCGCAGGCUGAAGAUAGAUACACCCCGACCACAAAAGGGCGGGCCUGGACGAGAUUGGAGUUCUCCAAUGAUGGAAAAAGUAUGCUGCUGGGGACGGACUACCACGGACACUUCCUCUUAGACGCCUACAAUGGUUCUAUCAGAUCAUUUCUGGCAGGGAAAACCAGUGGCACGGGCAGAGCUGCGCCAGUAUCGACUUCCGGAAAACCGUUAGGACAAGGAGAUGCUUGCUUCACACAAGACGGUCGGUAUGUCAUUGGAGGAUCUGGCGAUCAAUCGGACUUGAUGGUCUGGGAUACUCAAGCAGCGACUGGUGGUAGACAGGAUCCUACUGCCAGACUUGCGAGUCGUGGGAUCAAGUCUGCGGUCGUACAGUGCAAUCCGAGAUACAACAUGCUGGCCACUGCUGACACAAAAGUCUGCAUGUGGCUGCCAGGAGACCAGAUCAAGACACCUGACCUUUGA